AACACAUUCAGAGUAAUGAAAACAACAGCACAUGCUGUUUGGUGAAAAGCAGAGUUGUGAGAAUAGUGCUACUCACUUGAUUAUUGUGGAUAUUCUGUGCAGGAUUGUUGUGUGUGUGAUAGCCUGGAUUAUAUAAAAAAAUAUCUAUAAAUAUCAACUGCACUCCUGUAAAAUAUUUCUUCACUAUGUACAGAGAGCACAGGUGAUUUCAUCUCAGGGAUAUAUAUAUAACAUACCUGUAAACUCUAUAAGAAUUAAGGGAUUUUUACCUGAGAAACUAGUUCAGUGCCUGUUUUAAAGACUCAGGUAAAAAAUUUGGCAAGACUGCAGUUGAUGUACAUUGAUAGAAUCAUGGCAUCAGAUUUAAUGAAAUAAUAAACAAAUUUCUUGUGGAUUAUUAUUAUACACGAACGUGUUUGCAGGUGACCUGGGAGGUGUUUUGGAGGUACACGAUUUACUGGAAUAACAUAUAUGUGCACCAUGGACUUACUAACUAUCCUGAUUGUCUUCGUGGUCCAUGUGACUCUCGCUCAGGACUGGCAUCGAGAUUUUGAAGCAAUCAAGAUUUGGAACAUCGAAGAUGUACCAGGCACACAAGCGUACCCAGGUGUCAGUACCCAUUCGGACAGCUUCAAACUUCUGUACACGGACAAAGAAUCCAUGUCAAUGCUAGUUGGAGCAAGAAACACGUUACAUAACAUCAGUAUGGUGAACUUGAAGGAAAGUUUAGAGAGAAUUGAGUGGUCCCCUAGACCGUUUGACAUGGACGUCUGCAAGAAGAAACAGAAAUCUGAGGAGGAAUGCCAAAAUUUCAUCCAAGUCCUCGGAAAAAAGGAAUCCGGAGAUCUGUUGGUUUGCGGAACGAAUGCCUUUAAACCGAUGUGCCGCCGUUACGCCAAAAGCACUGAGUCGAUUGGCUACACUCAGAUUGAAGAAGAGAGUGGAGUAGGAAAAUGCCCGUACAAUCCCACCCAUAACAGUACAUUUGUUUAUGCUGAUGGGAGAUUGUUUGGAGCGACAGUGACUGACAUUGCGGAACAAAACCCUCUUAUCCUAAAUGGUCAGAUGAUACGAACCCGAUCACAUGACUCAAGAUGGCUCAACGAUCCCAAUUUUGUAGCUUCAUUCGAUAUUGAAGACAAAAUUUAUUUCUUCUUCCGGGAGACAGCAGUUGAAAACAUCAAUUGUGGCAAGGCUGUCUUCUCACGAAUCGCACGAGUGUGUAAGAACGACAAGGGAGGGAACAUGGUGCUGGAAAAUACCUGGACAUCUUUUUUCAAAGCACGCCUGAACUGCUCCAUCCCUGGGGAAUUUCCUUUCUACUUCAAUGAAAUUCAAUCGACAUCCAACUUUUUCCAAGGAAACUACCGAUCAACAGAUUUGAGUAAGGACAGACAGCAGAUGUUUUAUGCUGUUUUUACAACCCCAGAAAAUAGUAUUCGUGGAUCAGCCGUGUGUGCUUUUAGAUAUGACGACAUUGUCAAUGUUUUCAAGGGGAAGUUCAAAGGUCAAGAAAACUUUGGACAUGAAUGGUUACCUGUCCCUGACGUGGAUGUUCCAAAACCCCAUCCGGAGUCCUGUUCGGAAAACAGCCAGAACCUUGGAGACGACACUAUGAACUUUGUCAAAUCCCACACGAUGAUGGAUGGCGCUGUUCCAUCAUUUGGAGGUGCACCCUUGUUGAUGAAACUCAGUCUUAAGUCUAGAUUCACAAAGAUCGCCAUCGACUGGCAGGUCCACGCUGCUGAUAAUCGUUAUUAUGACAUCAUGUUUGUCGGAACAGAGGACGGCAGAGUGUUGAAGGCUAUAAACAAGGGCCAUGGUGAGGACAUCGAAUCUGUGAUUCUGGAGGAUAUUCAGGUGUUCGAGGACAAACUGCCUGUUACUGAUAUGAAGAUUUUCCACGAUAAACAACAUGGGUUGGACAAACUUAUUGUGAUGUCCAAGGAAAAUAUUAUGUCAAUACCUCUUCACCGCUGUGAACGAGCUCUUACCUGCAGUGAGUGUGUGGCCUUACAAGAUCCAUAUUGUUCCUUUGUGGACACCACAUGUGCGGCAUCCGAUAGAGGAUUACAGAGUAUUAUUGACGGCAAAUUACCAGCAUGUGGAACUCCAUUAGAAACAACUACAAAGACAGUGACACCUGCGCCAACACCUGUUGUUGUCAUGCCAACAGCCAGCCCACAAUGCAACUGUUCCUGUGGAAGCGCUAGCAACAACAUCCCCAAUGCUCACUCUCAUAACAACCUUGGCGAGACAGACAAUACAGUUACAAAAAUGCCACCAGAUGGCAUGACAGGAAAACCUGAUGAGAAGGUGUUCGCGUCCAACCAGAUGGAGGAAAACUCUGUCGUUGUCGGUGAGAGACUAGAACAAGGAGAGCCCUCAUCAUUAAGUGUUGCAGAAACAGCCAUCGCUAUAGUGGUUGCCAUCGUGAUAUCGUCCAUAUUGAGUUUUGUGGCAGGCUACAAAGUACGCUCAUGUACCCACAGCAGCGAUGACAAUGACGAUGCAUUCCUCACCGAAAAACACGACAUUUAUGGUUCUUUACAUAAAAAUCAUCAGCGGACAUUGUCACAAGACUCUAAUAAAGAACCGAGAUAUGUCAAUCAUUCCGAGAUAAAUAAUUCAAAUAAACAAUUAAAUUUAGUUGUGAACUUACCAAAAGGGUCAAAUUUACCGAACGGCAAUGCGCCCGCAAAACCGAUUUCGAACAUGAAUCUGCCUGUGUCGACAGACAAUAAGACAUAUGUGUAAUAUAGACGCAAUCGCUGUGUUCUGUAAAACGCACACUUUAAGUGCUGUGAUAUACUCUUGGUUGACAAAGGUGAAAGGCCAGUGUUACCAUGGAUACGUGGUUUGGGCUCUCCCAGCCAGCGUGUCCGGCGUGCAGCCUGUAGGAUUCCUGUAAGGCAGUCUGCACGUUCAUUGAUCACGCAGAGGGUGACAUUUUUCAUCUGUGAUGUUAAAAUGUGGAAAAACAAUUAUCGAUUCUUACAUUCCAAGGUGAGGUCAGGCGGAGGUACUCUCAGAAGCGGGUAUUCUGUAGAAGUCCGGUUAGUUACUGUAUGACCUUGACCAUACAGUUUGCAUCGUCAUUCCAAAAUGAAGGACGUUCUUGGACCCUCUUUAGCGUGACUUAGUAGACAAACUGCCAUAUAUAUUGUGGAGUUUUUUUAAGUGCUUAGAAACUACUGAAACAUUUCACAAGCUGACAUACAUAUUGUGUACAUAUUGUAUUGUAUAUAUAUGUAUAUAUACCUGUGUGGAUCAAAGAUGGCGACCCAUUGAUUGUAAUGUUACAGCUAGGAGAUCCGUGCAUUCAUCUCUUAGUAGAUCCAAAAAUAACUUCUGUUUUGAAGCUGGAGCAGAUUCGUCAAAGAAAACCCACCUAAGCGGGAGAGUCUUGCAGACUUGGUUCAGAAAUUGCUCUUCAGAGACAAUGAAUCAUCGGAGACGAGAUUACCCCAGCAGACUCCGCGAUGAUUAAAACUGGGCCUCUCAAUCUCAACACCACCGAAUCAGAACAAAUCGGCUUCAAUUUGAUCAAACGUUCAUGUUUUCUACGGAAUGAAAACAACAGCAUGAUGGCAGCUAUGUUAAGGUUAAAAUUAAUCGCACACCUCCUCCCGGGAAUGCUCUCACGAGGAUAAUCAGUGGAGGUCAAGGUCAAAGGGCAGUCCACGGAUUCAUCGUCAAUCCUCGGGACAAGAACAAUUCCACCGGAGGGAGUGUUAAUUUUGUGAUAGCAAGAACCUAUCUGAAAUGGUAACAUAAUGUUUUUAAGCCAAACUCUCACCGAUCAGUUAGGGGUAAGGUGGUGUAUAGGGGCCAUCGUUUAAACAUCCUAACAGUGUCGAUCACAGAAGGACCGUUGAGACCACCGGAUAAAAAACAUAGGUUGUGUUUACACAGCCAUUCUAUGCAUUUGCUCUGUUCAAACACUGACUUUCCUACAGAGUUCCAAGUACUUAAUUUUAAUAUAGCAUAAUUUUUUAGAUUUUAACGAAAUCUUCCGUUCAUUUUAAAAGAAUGUACCAAAGUGUUAUUGAAGGAUAUCGGUGACUGUUCGGGAUGCCCCAUUGUUAAUAUAAAUGAUCUCAAUGUUUAUUUUAUGUUUUAAGUCCAAAAGGCCAGUGCUUCCUCAUCCACCCAAUUAUUUCAGCGACGAAAUGUUCAAAUUGUCAUACAUGUGAUUUGAUGAAAGGGUCUGAUUGGUUGAUUUCAAACGUCUAGUUUGUUCUAAUGUCUGCUGUGAUUUUUAGAUGUUGAUAAGAUGACAAAAAGAAAACUGGUUUUUAAAAUUAUGAAAAUUCAUUGUCCAGCACAAAAACCAAAAAUUAUUUCUAAUUAAGAUUUUAAAAAUGUAGUUUUCUUUGAAUACGAGUUUGUGAAAUAAAUGAAAUGGAAUAACUAGACAAUAAAUUUUGCUGUCUGCACAUGAUCAGGUUUGAUGUGGAUUUACGAGAUGAUUGUGCAGACAUGCUUAUGUUGUACAAUCUAAUUAUAAGAUAGUUUUAAAAAAUAGUGGGAAUUGAAAACAAGAACUUAAAUUAUAUCAUGGUAAUUUAUAUUCCAACAUUUUUUUUAUUUAUUUGUUUUUUUAAGUUUUUAGAAAAUAUAUGAUUCCAAAAUAUUUAUUUAAUAUUUUUAUCCAAAAAAAACCGGUAUAAAUGGUAACAAAAAGAACUUUUGUUUACUAGUACCUAUAUUUUAGCGAGACCUAAAGAGGAGAGGAUACUGGGUCUAGUACUGCUGCCUGUUGUAGAGUUAGAAUUGGAAUUGGCCAAAGGAUUUCUGAUAUCACAAUAUCACAGUAUAAAAAUAUACUACACAAAUUUGGUCACCAUGACAACGAAACUUCAUUUUCUAACAUUUUGAGAGAUGAUAUCUUUUAGAAAUCACACUUUUCGGAUCAUUUUAACAUUUUAGGGUACAGACUGUGAUAAUGUGAUACGGAAAACCUAUUAGUCUGUUUUAAUUAACAUGUAAUUACAUUGUGGCUUUUUAAUUCACUGUUAAGCCGUGCAAAGGAGAAAAAAAAAUAUUAAAAAAAUAAAAUAAAAAUGUGUGUUUAUAGUUGUAGCGUUGGCAGCGGUACUAGGACAGUCUGGACUGUAUAUAUUAUAAUUUCCAUGGUGCAUUGUGACUUCUGUCACAUCAUGUAUAUAAUGUACAUACAAAUGUUUAUACUGCCAAAUACAUGUAAAAUAUAUAAAAAAAACUAUAUUGUAUAUAUUAUUUAGUAAUGAAAUCAAGUGAACAUAUAUCUUCAUUUACAAAUGGUUUCAAAUUUAUAUCGUUAAACAUAUUAAAUGUAAUCUGUCACUCAUUUUGGUAUUUAAAAACAUUUAAAACUUCAUGAUAAAUUAAUGAUGAUGUCACAGAAGUGUGUUGAACCAUUAUAAAGUUGGGUAUUUGCAAAUGAGGAUAUAUGUUUUGAUUGCGAGUUACGAUGUACCUGAAAAUGUAAUAGGUGCAUUUAAAAAAGGUGUGGACAUAAUUUGUUAAUAUCAUAAGUUAAUAUUGUAAUGAAAAUGGUUGACCAUUUUCCUUGUUUAUUUUUAUGUUAAAUCAUUUGUGGUUAAAAUCUAUCAUCCCCCUGUUUGUUAUUUAUCUUUGUUACAUCCGCUUCAUACAUCUGUGUCAUAUAAAUGUUUGCUGGUAGAAUCUGUGUCAUGUGAAUGUUUUCAGGUAGAAUCUGUGUCGUGUGUAUGGUUGCAGGUAAAAUCUGUGUCAUGUGAAUGUUUGCAGGUAGAAUCUGUGUCAUAUGAAUGUUUGCAUUUGUAUACAUUGCUAAUUAGGACCCAUCUGGAUAUGCUUACUCCUUAUUAGCCAUAGAACUAACUCCCAUGGAUAUUUAUUCCGAAGUAAAAGUAUCAAUCAUUUUUAUGAGAUUUCCCAAAACAAUUUUUUUUUUUUUUAAGAAAUUUUUUCACUGCCAUUUUUCUUAACAGAAAAUUUUAGAUAAACGAUCUCAAAAGUUUUGAAUUGUCUUGUUGAAUAUACAUAUUUCCAUUUUAUUUUCUGUUUUGCCUGAUACACUUCUCAGGUUUCUACCGACAUACUACAUUAUGCAACAUAAAUGGCCAAUGCGUAUAUAUUAAAACAUAUUCUAUCCUAGACCAAAUACUCGGUUUUGAUACUGGACCCUAAUGGAAUAUCUCCGAUUUAUCAGUAUAUUAGCUUGAGUUGUAACAGCGCAAUCAUACAGUUAUUGGUGCUUUAUGUAAUAUUACCGCUGUGGAGAGUGAGAGUUGUGGUAAAGAGCUUUAAAUUAUAUCUCCCCACUGUACUGCAUCACAAACCUAUGGAUGUGCUUAACAUACUUUUCAAAAUAUUUUCCAUUUAUAUUUUACUAGAGAGGUUUAUUGUGUGUUAAGCAUAAUUUAAUCUUUAUUUUAAAGAUAAUUAUAAAAUCUAAGUCAGCUAAAAGUUUGUCUGAGGGAAACAUUAAUUAGAAAUUAAAAUCUGAUUCAUUAAUUAGUAAUAAAAUACAUUUACGAACAAUUGACAAUCUAUUAAAAGGUGCUUUUUUUAACAAUUACUGAAUUUUUUCACCUUUGAACCUCUCUGACUGUGGUUGGGGUUUGGGGCAUGUUGUGAGGACACUGACUCAAUGAACUUGUGUAUUCGAUGACCUAGUAUGGCCAAAGGAUGCAGAAUUCAUGGUUCAGUGACCAUAAAACAUGGUUUUUAAAUAUGUGGAUUUCAUGUAUGGAUGGAAGAGAGUUUGUGGUGCUACUGAGUGUAAAGGAGCUUAGGACUGUGAAUAUUU